GGACGGUGCUGCUGCCUCGGGGCGAGCUCCCAGCCAGCUCUGUGUCUCUGGGAGGGAGGCGAAGAGCCCCACUUGGUCCCCUGCUGCCUCGCCUCUUGCCAGCCAAGCCAGCCAGCCUCCUCCUGAGGAGCCCAAACCACAGCAGCAGCAGCAGCAGCAGCAGCAGCAGCCACACCAAGAAGAGCAGCAGGGAAGCUCCCAGGGCUUCUCACGAGGUCCCCUUGCAUCUCUUUUGCUCCUCACUCUGCAGCCAAGGCAAGGAAGCACUCUCUCCUCCUUUCUCUUUCCUGCCCAGAUUGCUAAUUAGCCCCACUUUCAAGCCCUGGCAUCUCCAGCCAAGAAGAGCCACUCUUUCUCUACCCAGGGUUUUGUCUUCUUUCAUUGCAGACUAAGAGGGAAAGUUGGCUCGGAGGGAAACCCAGGCAGGUGGCCCGAAGUUGGUUGUUCUCUGCCUUUCAAAUCCCAGGCUCUCCUCUUUCUUUGCUUUCCAGGUUGAGGAGAGCCACCCAAGCCAAGAAGAAGUUGAAGAAGAAGAAGACCAGAUGCCCCUGGAGUCCAUCCAUCUUUGGACUGGCUGAGGCUUCCUUUUUGGUUCUUGUGGAAAGGAUGGGGCGACCUGACUGAGGGAUAUAUCUAUGCCCCUUGCCCAAACCUGAGACAGCCACGAUUUCUGGUUUUUGGGAGGAAGAGGGAGGCAACAAGAGGGACUCCAGGCUGCCUUUCCAGUUGGCCAAGAAGUUGGGAGAAGGGCGAGGAUGGGACUAUCCAAAGGGGCUCUGAUGCCCCUCGCCCGGUGGGCACUGGCUGUGCUCCUCUUAGCUGAGGUUGCCUUUGGCCUCUACUUUCCCAGGAAAGAAUAUCAUGAGAAUGUCUAUCUUGACCAGCCGGCAGGAACCCCUCUUUUGCAGAUCCAUGCCUUGAAAGAUUCUGAAGAGGAAGAGAUCUACUUUUGGCUGUGCCCACAGCUCCAUAUUCCAAGAGCUGGAAAUAAGGACAAUCUCUGGUUUCAAAUAAAAGAAAAAUCGGGACUUCUUUUCCUCAAUAGGACUCUGGAUAGAGAAGACUUCGAAACACUAUUUGCAGGCAACUGGAUGUCAAUGCCAAAGCUCAUGCUCCAAGUUUACCUAACUUCUCAACCUUUCCAAGGAAAAGAAUGCAGAGACUCAUACAUCAAGGCACUGGUGAAGCUUUCCAUUAUCAACGCCACUAUGCCAGCUUGUGAUUCUGUGUCUCCAAACCAGCUGUGUUUUUCCAAUAUGGAUCUCUCUUUUCACAUCAAGGAGAACAAACCACCAGGGACAUUUCAUCAGCUCCAACCGCUUUCUCCACAACACCAGUGCCACAAUGCAAGCAUUUCCUAUGAGGUGAUAGCAGAUGAAGGGUUACCCUUUCUUUACAACGAGGACACCACAAGUAUUAGAGUGGCACAUCCUUUGGAUAGGGAAGAGCGAGAAAAAUAUGAGCUGAUUGCCAAGUGUACAGUGAGAGACGAUUCCAAGGAGAUUUCCCAGGAGGUGGCCUUACUUGUAAAUGUGUUUGAUGAAGAUGACAUGCCACCCUUCCUGCCGAAUGGCACUACCACAGCAGAUGCUGUCGUGGAAUUCAGUAGGAAAGAGGGCACAGUUCUAGCAGCAUUAAUGGUAUAUGAUGCAGAUACUACUCCGAUUUUCCCCAUAGAGAGUAGCAGGAAGAAGUACACUGGCAUAAUAAAUUCCUCUGAUCCGUGGAUAAAGGAUACUUUUCGAGUGGAGCAUAUCUUCCAUGAGAUCUACUUCAGCCCAAAUGGCAGCCAAGUGAGGGGAACACGACAUGAAUAUAAACUCGUAUUAGACAAGAACAUUUCAGUUACCGAAAGCCGCUCCUUCCAGCUGGAUGUGAUUGUGAAUGACACAGAAUACCAUGGGCCUAAUAAAUCCCUGAUGCUCCACUUCAAUGUCACCAUUCUGCCAAUCAGCAUCCAGUUUUCAAAUGUGACCUAUCAGUUCACAGUAAACAGAAAUGCUGCCAACUUUUCACAAAUAGGAAAACUCUGCAUUGACAACUGUAUGAGAUUUUAUGGUGUCAACAUCACAUACUCCUUACAAACUCCAAACGUCAGCUGUUAUGCUGUGGAAAUUGCCCAAGGCCAUGAGGACAAGUUUGGGACCAUCUAUGUGAAUGAUUCUUCUGCGCUAAGGAGACCUGGCUGCAAAGAAAUACAAUAUCCUGUGCUAGCUAAAGAGGAGCGGAGCAAAAAAGAAGCUCACACCUUCCUGACAAUUGUGUUUGAUGGAUCAUUUAUACAUAAUGAUGAUGACUGCCCAGACUCAUGUGCUAUGAGCAAGACCAGAUCGGAAUGUGAAGAGUGUGGUGGUCUUGGAGUGCAAAUGGGGAAAUGUCAGUGGAGACAGGGAGAUGGAAAAGGAAUAACUACAAAUUAUUCCACAUGCAGCCCUAGUAUCAAGACCUGUCCUGAUGGUAUCUGUGAUGCUGUUGAGAGCAAAGAUGAAAGUAUAUGCCCUCAAGAUUGCACAAGGACCAAUAUCAUUGGUGGCCAUCUGAAAGGAAUUUUGGGAACUGGAAUCAAGGCAGGACAUGGAGUUUGCCAUUGCUUUCCAAGAGAAAGUUGUUAUUGUGAGAAAGAUGAUAUCAGAGAGCCAUUGUGUGAUGAUAUGUGCAAAACAGUGAUUGCGGGGGGAGUCCUGCUGUCUUUCAUUAUUUCAGUGCUCCUUUCUUCUUACUUCAUCCAUCGCUACCACAAGAAUUCUCCAAAGCCACCCAUUGCCUCAGCAGAGAUGACCUUCCGGCGCCCAGCUCAGUCCUAUCCUAUAAGCUACUCAUCUUCUAAUGUCCGUCGGCCGUCAAUGGAUUCUGAGAAUCAAAUGUCAGUAGACAACUUUAAAAUACCUGAGGAUCCAAAGUGGGAAUUUCCUCGGAAGAACCUGGUGCUAGGCAAGACACUAGGAGAAGGAGAAUUUGGAAAAGUAGUCAAGGCAACUGCAUUUAGACUUAAGGGAAAGGCUGGCUAUACUACUGUUGCAGUCAAAAUGCUAAAAGAAAAUGCUUCCCAAAGUGAACUCAGAGAUCUGCAUUCUGAAUUCAAUCUUUUGAAACAGGUCAACCAUCAACAUGUCAUCAAACUCUAUGGAGCUUGUAGCCAGGAUGGGCCUUUGUAUUUAAUAGUAGAAUAUGCUAAAUAUGGUUCCUUGCGGAGUUUUCUGAGAGAAAGCCGGAAAGUUGGAACCAGCUAUGUAGGAAGUGAUGGAAACAGGAAUUCCAGCUACUUGGAUAAUCCAGAUGAACGAGCUUUAACCAUGGGCGAUCUCAUUUCAUUUGCAUGGCAGAUAUCGCGUGGAAUGCAGUACCUUGCUGAAAUGAAGCUUGUGCAUCGUGAUUUAGCAGCCAGAAAUGUCUUGGUAGCAGAAGGACGUAAAAUGAAGAUUUCUGAUUUUGGUCUAUCUCGAGAUGUGUAUGAAGAAGACUCUUAUGUCAAAAGAAGCAAGGGUCGGAUACCUGUAAAAUGGAUGGCCAUAGAAUCUCUCUUUGAUCACAUCUACACAACACAAAGUGAUGUGUGGUCAUUUGGAGUUUUGCUGUGGGAGAUAGUCACUCUGGGAGGUAACCCCUAUCCAGGUAUUGCUCCUGAGAGACUCUUUAACCUCUUAAAAACUGGCUAUAGAAUGGAAAAGCCAGAAAACUGCAGUGAGGAAAUGUACAACCUGAUGCUUCGCUGCUGGAAACAGGAACCAGAUAAGAGGCCAACAUUUGCUGAGAUCAGUAAAGAGUUAGAGAAAAUGAUGGUAAAGAGCAGGGACUAUUUGGACCUUGCUGCUUCCACGCCUUCUGAUUCGCUGCUUUAUGAUGAUGGACUCUCAGAAGAGGAAACGCCCCUCGUGGAUUGUAAUAAUGCUCCCCUCCCUCGAACCCUUCCUUCCACAUGGAUUGAAAACAAACUCUAUGGCAUGUCAUACCCGAACUGGCCUGAGGAGAGCCCCGUUCCACUCACAAGAUGCGAUGGCCCUAAGUCUGUGUUUUCAAGAUAUGCAAAUGAUAGUGUAUAUGCUAACUGGAUGGUUUCACCCUCAGCGGCAAAAUUUAUGGACAAGUUUGAUAGUUAACAAUUUCUUGGUGCAAGGUAAUGAACUCAGGAGGGAAGCAAAUGUCCAAAGAAUAGCCUUCCCUUUGGCUUAUUCUUUGUCGAGUAACAACUGGUUGAAGCAACAGGAAUUUCUAGUGUGGGGAACUUUCCCCAUUUUUUUUAGCAGUUCCUGAAGUGUUUUGUCUCUCUUUCUCUUGUGAUCAAUACUGUAUUUACUAUAAUGGACUUUCUCCCUUUUUGAAGGCAUAUCAAAAGUGUGUCACAUCGUAAUACUAAUGCUUGGUUAGGUUUUUUUUGUCAUUCUGCAAGUUGUCCCUUUUGGUCAAUUUGUAUUAGUUGUGACCACUGGACUUCAUGCUUACAAUAUUCAGGGCAAUGUCCUUGUGCUGGAACUGCCACAAAGGGAGUGGGAGAGAAACCCUGUUGUUUCAUUACAAACUGUUAUUUCUGUGGUCACGGUGAAGGAAAGGCAAAUUGAUCAAAGCAAGAAGCACAAAUUAUAUAUUGGGAACAAUUUUCUCCCACAAUCCUGAGCUUACUCUGCAAUUAAGUGUUUGGCAGUAGCAAACCCUAAAUUAAUGGGGAUUUGGGACCAGGAGCAUUAAGCAGCUCAAGUUGGUGUUGAGAUUCAACAUUUGAUGUCUUGGAAACCUGUAGAAAUAUAUUGUUCUACCAUAAUGGGAAAAAAUAGAUGUUUUUUUUAAAAUCAGGGUUAAACUAUUCUUACCUUUAGCACAAUGAAAAAACUUUGAUACCAGAUAUACUUGUGAUAGAGACUCGCUCUCAGAAUGCCCACCCGACACAACUUACUUUCAUUUAUGUCCAUUUCACAGAUCUUUCAAAAUCUGCUCAGGAUGUUUUGAAAUGAGUUAAUAUAAAAGGACUUGGUUUGGCGCCAUGCCUGGUGGGUUUCAGUCCUUUCAAUUCAAACUCUCAAUUUCCAGCAUCCGCUGCACAACUAAUGGGACAGCACAGAAAUAGCACUGGCUCCUGUUAAUUAGAGUUAAUAAAUUGGGAAUAAGAAUCGGGAAUGCUUUCCCUUGUCCUCUUUAAUUGAAUUCGACCAUUCAGUAGAAUAAGAUGAGCCAGUAUCCCAGUAGCAGAGAUGCUCUUCAAACAACUUUCAGCCCAUGAUAAAAUAGAAGCCCUUGUUAUUUCAGCCACAGUUAAUGUUUGAUGUAGGCCACCGAAUUACUUCUGGUGAAGGUAAAGGGGUCUGCUGGAGAAAGCAUACAUUCCCAAAGCCAGAUCCUAGUUUGCAAAGCACAGUUAACAGACAGCCUGUGCUUCAUCUCUCUCUGUUCAUGUGAAACUUUAGGAUACACAAUCCCCCCCCCCUUUUUUUUUCUUGUGAACCAUGUACAGGCAAAACUUUUUUUAUUCAAUAUAGUCUUUACUCUCUUUUUACUUGUUAUAUUUUUUCUCUCUGUCCAUAUGGAAAACAUGUCUAAGAGUUUGUUCAUUUUUUUUUAAAAAGAGAGAGUAAAACUAAUGGAUGUUAUAUUUUGACUUUGGUAUGGUGUAUUGGAAGUUGAUCUGAUUUACAGAGCUUAGCUGAAAUGGUUAGCAGACAUGGCUUUAAAUUUUUGUAUCUUGUUUGUUAUCUCAUAAUGUUAAGAAGGUGUGUGUGGGGAGGGGUUAUUUUUCUAAAGAAUGCUGGAACAUUAACCCACUAUGUUUAUCCUUUUUGGAUAUGCUUGCAUAAGCAAAAGUUAUACCAAAGUAUUGCUUCUGUCUCUUGGGUUUCUGCUGUAUAAUUCUAUGUGUCUCCAUUACAUGUCCCAGUUAUUCCAGAAAUCAAUGAGUCAGAUUGCCAAAACCUGUAACCACUCUUUUCAUGCAAGAGGUCUGAGCACCUCACUAGGAUAAAACGGUUUGAAAAUAAGCCUGUUGCCAGUCAAAGGGGCAGGAGAAAUGUUUCUUUCUGUAAGCUAACUAUUACGCUAGACACUGUGUUUACAAAAAAAAAACUGCCUACAGAGAUGUGAAACAAUCCUCAGUGUAUACUGUAACAAGCAAUCAUCUCAAAUAAUAAAAACGUAAAUGUUCA